AUGCAGGAGGAUUACCCUGUGAACCUACGCGUCGAGAUGACGCCUGAUGGAAGUUCGGUUGUGUUGCCGGGCAGCAUCACCAUCACGCGCACAACUAUUUCUGUGUUUAAGCUUUGCGAGGCAAGUGAUGAGGAGCCGCUCUUUGUUGGUGUCUGCUCAGUUCCACUCAUAAGGUUUGCGCGGGUGCCGAGUACGGUCCUUACCUCUGCAGAUUCGCUCGUACUGACGGGCGCCUCUGGUCAUCUCUUUAUCAACGCCGCCCUUUCUGCUGGAAUUGUCCCCGCAAAGGACGGGAGCACCGUCAGCGCACGGACGGCGUCCACCAGCCUCUUUCCCGGAUCGUCCAGGGAGGAACCGACCGGCGAUGAGCUCCAGCGACUGGACAAUCCGGCACGAUGGGGAAAUUUGCGUCUCGAUUUUCCCAGUGAUGAAGAUUACGAUCGCUGCGUCGAGGCACUUCUCGCACGCCACGCAGAGGACAUUACGGCGGAGUAUAUGCGUUCCACGCGCCUCGCCGGAAAUAAAACUCAGACAGCAGAAAAGAUCCCGAAAAAGAUUCUCUCGGUCCGCGCAGCUGAUGAAUCCAUUGCAAGUAACAGAAGCCCUAACCAACGCAGCCGCAACACGCAGGACUACACGGUGACCAAAGGGGACCUCAGCGAAUUUAUGCAAAGCUGCCGAAGUUCACCCAUGGAGUUGGGGUCUCCGAGAGGCGACUCGUAUUUGGUCCAGGCCUCCAAAAUACCGGCGAGCCGACCGAGUGAGAGUUUUAAAGAAUUGGGAACACCACAAAGCGAACUACGCACUCCACAUGAAAGCCAACACGGUCGCAUUCUGCCCAACCGGAGCCACCCAACAGCCAGUCAACGUGAACUUCCGACACCGCAUGCGUCUCUUAAUGGCUCUAAUUUCAUGCAGGGGUCGCCAAGUGCCAAGGGGCUUCCCGUACGCAGCAAUCCCACAAACAGUCGCCGGGAGCUUGGGACACCGAGUGAGUUACGCACUCCACAUGAAAGCCAAAACAGUCGCAUUCUGCCCAACCGGAGCCACCCAACAGCCAGUCAACGUGAACUUCCAACACCGCAUGCGUCUCUUAAUGGCUCUAAUUUCAUGCAGGGGUCGCAAAAUGCCAAGGGGCUUCCCGUACGCAGCAAUCCCACAAACAGUCGCCGGGAGCUUGGGACACCGAGUGAGUUACGAACACCACAAGGAUCUAGAAUGGAUAGCGUGCGAGAACUGCCACCUGACGCUGUCUUGAUGCCAAAAUCAUUAAAUAAUAACAGCGUCCAUGCACAAACACCACACUCGACCAGUUCUUUACGCACUGGGGACGACUUUGGGCGUACACGACAUCCAGGCUCCGUUGGUCGGCCAACGUCGCUUGGGCCAAAUGCAGUUCCCAGCACGCCGGGUUCGUCUCACGCCAUGCAUGUGGCACCAGCGUCAAGCCAAAAUGACGACCCUGUCGGUAAAUUUCCCUACCAGUCCCCGAGCGAUUUGACUGUGACACAGCGUUCGUCUAGGGCCCGCACGGAACAUCAGAGGUUCCUCCGCAAUGUGAUGAAGUUCAUGCAUCACCGCCUUCACCUUAUGCAGUAUUUGCAUAAGGAGUUGGUGCACGAGGCCUACCUUGUGGAGGAGGCGAAAUUAUUUGGCGGCCGUGGCCGUGGCUCUCGAAGUGCCUCCAUGAGCCGCUCCCUGAGCCACUCCCUGAGCCACUCUAUCAGCCGACCGACAAGUGUUUCACCUCGUUCCUCACGUCGCGUAGCACUUUCAACUAUUGCAGAAGAGUCAUCACGGCUUCGUGAGAUUGAGGCACGUCUGCGUUCCGUAGAAAAACUACAACGUGAGGCAGAGCAGGAUCGGCAGGAGGCCCUACGUCUACGUAAUGAGGCAGAGAAGAAGCUGGAGGCUGCCUCACAUGAACUUGCGAAUGCGCCGCGCCAUAGCUUUUCAUCGCGCAACAUGAUGGAACCACAAAAAAACGAUAUUCCCGUCCGUAGUCAGAGUCCAAUUCUUAGAACUGGACAGCAGCACCCUCUCCAGAAGAAUGACAGCACUGAUGUUUUGCAUGCACCAUAUCCAGAGAAACAUCGUGGAAGUGAAUUAUCUCGCAUGAGCCGACCGUCCACCGUACUGACAGGAAGCGGUCAAUUGGCGUUUGCAUCGUCUCAGCAACUUCACCAUUUUCAACCUGCAGAGGCUUUGACGGAAGUGGAAUAUUCUAAUACCAUAUUGGAUCGCUACAUUUAUGGAGAUGAGUGGCAUCUACUGUACCCUGUGCGAGAGGAGGAUGUGCGCUUCUGCGCAUUAAUAGACACAUGCCUAAUUCUGAAGUUACCGCGCCGUCUUGUGACCAUCACAAAUGUUUCUCUGGAUCAACCAGGGAUGCGCAUCACGGCGGAGAUUCACCAUAGCCGUGACCAUUUACCACGUGAAACGAUAGAGCGUCGUUUCACUACUCAACCUUUCUUGUUCUUGAAACGGCUUUACGAAAUCCGGCAUUGUUUUCCCGAGUCCCCUGCUGCUUUAGGCCAAUUCUACCGCGGCAACCGUCAUGGGUCAAGGGGUACUUCUCGAGCAGUCACACCGAGGGGAAAUCACACCAACUCGCUUUCUUACUUGCGCGUUGCGGAUGAAGAAAUUGAUUCGGUGGAAGACGGGGACAUUACAACGGAGGGCAGCAUGACAGGCAUGAAUGGAAGAAUGCGUGAGUUGGAAAGAAUCACACAGGAGCGCGUUCAACAACGUGAACAGGAACGCAUCCGUGAACGGGAACGGAAACAAAAAUUCUUUCAACAAGAGCGUCUUCGACAGCAACUGGGACAGUUGGAGCGGGAUGAGGAUUCACGACGCAGUCGAAUUGUCCUUUCAGAGGCACAAGAACGCCAAGACGCGGGUUGUAAAACUGAUUGGAACCAUAAAAAACCUAUCGCGGUGUUACAGAAUGCACUGGAGGUAGAGGAACAAGUUCAGCGUGCUGAAGUGGAGGCUGGUUACGCGCGACAAUUGCAGGUAUUGGCUCGGGCUCAAAAUCGCAACUUUACUUUUGUACGCAUGUUUACACAAGAAAGGGAGCGUCGUUGGCGUGUUGCAGAUCAGGAGCGUGAGGAUCGCCUGGUGCUUGAUCUCAUGAUGAACCCACGUGUGUUGGUGGGUGUUGCAUCACAGACAGAGGUGGAUGAGCGGUGCUGUCGACAGCGUCUUAUAGAGGCGGAGACAAAGCAACGGAGGCAGAUCUAUGCCAAUAUGCGCAGUUUUCUUAUUGAUGUAUUGCAGGACAGGGUGGAAGCGAUCGUCGGAGAUGAGAGAACGGCACGUAUGAUUUUGGCUGCGGAUGAAAUGAAGGAAUGGCUGGAUAUUGUGUGCGAAGGCAAGACACCUACAAGCGGGGGUGUGCCGCGUGCGGCGUUCUUCUCACCGCAAGCGUGGCAGGCUCUUUUUGCGGAGGAGGUUGCCGAACGCACGCAUCUUGUCAGUGAUGAGGAACGUCGUCGACGCCUGUUUCGGCGGGAGUUUGUUUUCACGACGGAGGAUGCGGCUCGAAACGAGAUUGAGCUAAAGGAGCUUGACGAGCAUGUCUUUAUGCUUGAGAGCAUUAUGCAUUGUAACCGGGCCAUGCUGGAGCGCCGCCGGCAGGAGCGGAAAGAUAUGACCAAUUUGAGCAAUGAGGAGCAGUACUACCGCAAAGGGGUAUUGAGCGAGGAGCAGGACGAGUGGGAGGUACUUGUGGAGUUGUUUGACUCAGGACUGAAUGAUGUGCUCGUCGAGGAAGCUGCACGUUUGGCCGCCGAGGCUGCGAUGGCGGACCUUGAGAGUCCCCAACGCCGUCGUCGUGUGACUGGUACCCCGCGUCAGGCGAAGCCAUUUCACUACAUGACGUUUGUGCCAGAGGACAUGGACCACCCGCCCAGCGCCAAUCUUGCAAUUGAGGGCAUUCUUGGCUGCAGCAUCAACAAGAAUCUUGAGGUCACAAGCAUCGAACGCCCGCUGCCGAAGGUGGAGGAGGACGAUCUGCAGUUCCAGGCAGGUGACAUGAUCCUUGACGUCGCUGGUUACUCCCUUCACUCCUUGUCCCACCUGCGGGAGGUGCUGUCAAACCGCACGAUGCAAAUCCAACACGAGGCUCGCGAGGAGUUUGUGGAUUUGCCGGAAGAGGAGCUUACCGUGAACCCCGCCCUGCAGAAGUACGUUGACGUGCUGUGCGAGCACCACAACUUCCUCGUUCAGGUGCUGCGUGGCUGUGACAUCUUCCAAAUCAUUGUAAAGUCAUGA